AUGAAGGGAGACGCUGAAAAGUUCUUAGGAAAUCGCGAGUUUAGAGAUGUAGACGAACUGUGCGACGCAGUUAUGGAAGAAUUCGGUGAAAGACGUUCAAAGGAACUGCUUAUAAAUGAACGGAACCACUUGCGGCAAGGUAACAGGAAGGUGAAAGACUACGUCAAACAUUUUAAUAAAAUCCAUCAAGAUAUUACCAGGGUCAUCAAUAACAACAGGGAAUUCACGCCAGAAGAGAAAAGAAUAUUAGUCAGAGCAGAAGAAGAGGCCGGACUGGCUAUUUUUAUACGCAAUUUGUCACAAUCAUGGAGAACAUCGGUCCGCCAAGCCAGGCCAGGGACGUUAAAGCUCGCACAAAGCAUAGCCUACGAGGAAGAGAGAGAAGAAGAACUGUGUCAGGAGUUGUCCAGGUAUGUGCAUCUGGGAGAUAAGAGUCGACCUCACGGUAUAGAGAAACGUAACGGUGACGCACCGCAACCUAGAUACGACGGUCAAGGAAAGAGCGAUAAGAAAUCCUCCGGGACAGCUGUCCCUACCUGCUUCAAGUGCAACAAGCAGGGUCACUACUCAAGUAAUUGUAGAAAUUUUCAAAGGGACCGCGAUCAAAAACCCCCAGACAUCAAAUAUAUAGAAUCGGACCAACACGAAGUUAGCUGCGAGUCAACAUCCGAGUCAGAACCGACGCAGACGGAAGACCAAUUACGAGCGAUUAACCAAAUUGAAAGAAAACGUCCGUUUAGAUCAUAUAAUAGAUAA